UCCCCCUCUGGCGCCGCGGCGGAGCAGAUUCAGCAAAUACAUUCACUAAAAAAAUCCCCCACCGGCUCCAACAUGGCAACCAAAUGGGGAAUCUGUAGCGCUGGGAAGAUCAGCCACGAUUUCGUCGUGGCCUUGAAGACUCUGCCUGCUGAGGACCACCAGGUAGUGGCUGUGGCCGCCCGCAAUCUGCAGCAUGCCCAAGACUUCGCCAAAAUAUUCGGCAUCCCGAGAGCUUAUGGGAACUACGAAGAACUUGCAAAAGACCCGGAGAUCGAUGUUGUGUAUAUUGGCUCCAUUCACCCCUGCCAUCUCCAGCUGGGAGAGCUCUUCAUGAACUCCAGGAAAAAUGUACUGUGUGAGAAACCACUUGCCAUGAACUCCAGGGAGGUGGAGCUGCUGGUCACUGCAGCCAGGAAGAACCAGGUCUUUCUGAUGGAGGCCGUGUGGACACGUUUUUUCCCCGCAUCCCUGGAGAUCAGCCGGCUGUUGGCCCUGGGUGUGGUGGGAGAGGUGAAGAUGGUGAAGGCUGACUUUGGCUUCCCGCUGAGGCACGUGCCCCGCGCGGUGGAGAAGGAAUUAGGCGGCGGGGCGCUGCUGGACAUCGGGAUCUACGGCCUGCAGUUUGCCUGCAUGGUCUACCAGGGCGAGAAGCCUGAGUCCAUCCAGGCCACCGGGGUCUGCCUGGACACAGGUGUGGAUGAAGCCAUGGUGCUUGUCCUGACGUUCUCAGGCAACAGGAUGGCCGUGAUCAUCUGCAGCGUUGCUGUGGAGCUUCCCAAUGAUGCCACCAUUAUUGGAACUAAAGGGGUGAUUAAGNUCCCAAGCCACAUGUGGAGCCCCACCUCCCUGAUUGUGAAUGGGAAGGAGACCCAGUACCCGCUGCCGGAGCCCUCGGUCCCCCUCAACUUCAUAAACAGCACAGGCAUGCGCUACGAGGCGGAGGAGGUGCGCCAGUGUUUGCUCACAGGUCUCAAAGAGAGCAGCCGGAUGUCACUGGCAGACUCACACCUCCUAGCUGACAUCAUGGACGAGGCCAGGCGGCAAGUGGGUGUGGUUUACGAGCAGGACACUCACUGACCUCUCUGCCGUUUGUCUAUUCAGAUCCCUCCAAUAUGAGCCCUGAACCAGCUGCCCCUUGCAGGUUCUCUGCUCAUUAAAGGCCCAUUUUCGGACUGACUUCAUAGUGUAUUUGUCAUUUUAUGGAACAUGCCCAGUGGUGUGGAAAUAAAAACUGGCAGCGUUGUUUUUUUUAAGCUUCCGGUGACUCGUGUUGGUUAAGCUGUGGUCCAGAGCCUGUCUGAAUACAGCAGAGACAGGUCAUGUCAGGACAGGGCAAGCGCACAACUAUCCACGCAUGGUGGAAUCAUUCCAGCCUCUGGCUUCCUGAUACGGAGCCUUAGAACUCUGAUUAAAAGGAGGAGGAGAGCGAUUAUCUUCACUUUGCACCCCACACACCGAAGAAUUCACAACUCGUUGUCACAAGUCAGGUUCAUGGACUUUUAUCCUUUUACUCAGCAUUUGCUCAGUCCAGGAGGGGGGGUGCUCAGCCCCCAGCAGGUUAGCCACUUUCAAUGUUAAGAAAUACGGUAUGGGAUCUGAAUGAUUUUUCAACGGGGCUGAAGCCCCCCCAAAUAGAGUCUCGGUAAGUCAGGUAGGCUGUGGUCCAUACUGAUUAAACGUUUAAUGGCUGAGAAUGAGGAGAGCUAGAAACACCUGGCUUCCCAUAUUAUCAAUGUAAGCCAGCUGGUUGUGAUUAAAGACAUGGACUCUUAA